CGGAAGUGGAUGAAGUUUCUGCCAUGGCAACAGCGAGAAUCUGCGUCCUGCUGCUCGUCCUUUCUGCGACUUUAGCGGAAGAUUUAAAAUUAAAACACAAAACCUCCAGAGAACCUGUGAGACUUUUCACCGAGGAGGAGCUGAGCAGAUACGACGGCGGAGAGGAGGGUCAGCCGAUCUACAUGGCGAUAAAAGGAGUUGUGUUUGAUGUCACCAAGGGGAAAGAGUUUUAUGGAAGAGACGCUCCCUACAACGCUCUGGUGGGUAAGGACUGCACUCGGGCGGUGGCUAAGAUGUCUCUGGACCCUGCAGACCUGACAUCAGAUACUACGGGCCUCAGCGAGGACCAGCUGGAGUCUCUGGAGAGUGUGUUUGAGGGAACGUAUAAAACCAAGUAUCCCAUCGUGGGUUACACCGCGUCUCGAAUCCUCACGGAGGACGGGAGUCCCAACAAAGACUUCAGACCUGAGGACCAGCCUCUCUUCCAAAGCAAAGAUGAGUUCUAACCUCAUGUUGUUGUUUUUAUGGAAGCUAUAAUCAUGAAGAAGGUUUUUACAUUUUUGAAUCCCUCGAAUGCUGAGUGCAUUACGUGAACAAGAGAAGAACAAAUACAUAUAGAAAUGUGUUUUAUUGAUAUUUACUUGAACUAAAUGUUUACAUUAUGCUUUAUUAUCUGAGAGCUUUAAUUGCACAAUGCCUUUCAAACCAUUUCAACACUUUUUGUACCCUUUUUCUGUUCAGAUUAUGAAAUACUGAGUAGACAUAUUUAAUAAAACUCUCCUUGGAAUUA